AUGCGCCCCGCGGAUGUCUUCACCCCUCUCGUGCACAGCGAGAAAAGAGGCGGCCAUACAAUACGAGUGCGUCAUGUGCAUAGGUGUGAAGGUUGCCGCGGGCGAGCAGCUGAAGCUGCAACAUCAACGUUGCGGCAUAAAAGGCUAAUGCCCCGGGAAAAGUGGAGGCCGAGCUGCCAUCGAAGUGCCCUGGGUGGCUUGCUGGCUUAG